AGUACGAAGUUGUCAAUCGCAACUAUCAAAGAAGAGCGGUGAACAUCGAGGAGAGGUCGUGGAGAUUUUUACCAUCUAGCCACCAUCGCCGUUCGCCAAUUACACCAUGGCUGAUACCGAAAAGGCGCCGCAGCCGCAGCCCCAACAGCAGCAGCAGCAGCAAGAGCAACCAGCCCAACCGCAACAAACGAAAUCAGCUAAACAAAAGCAAGUCAUUGCUGAGAAAGUUUCCGGUACCGUGAAAUGGUUCAAUGUGAAGAGUGGAUACGGUUUCAUUAACAGAAAUGACACCAAGGAGGAUGUGUUUGUACAUCAAACAGCGAUAGCCCGGAACAACCCACGCAAGGCUGUGCGCUCGGUCGGCGACGGGGAGGCGGUGGAGUUUGCCGUGGUCGCCGGGGAGAAAGGCUAUGAAGCGUCAGGAGUAACUGGUCCCGGCGGUGAGCCAGUAAAGGGCUCACCUUAUGCAGCUGAUAAACGCCGCGGCUUCCAUCGCCAAUAUUACCCCCGUCAAGGCGGCGGACGUGGCGGUGAAGGCACUCCACGUAGAGGUGGCAUGGGACGUCGUGGGCCCCCGCCCAAUCAGGGGGGCGCACAGGGUGAUGAAGGGCAGGAGGGAUGCGGAGCACCACCACAGCGUAGCUAUUUCCGCCGUAACUUCCGAGGGGGUCGUCGUGGUGGGGGCCCAGGGCCGAUGAACCGCGGCGGGUAUCGCCGUAUGCGCCCACGCAACUACCAACAGGGACAAGGUGGACCCAGCCAGGGACAACAGGGCCAGCCAGGUCAGCAAAAUUCAAACCAACGUCAGAACGCCCAGGAAGGCGAGGCUCCGGCCACCACAACGUCUCCACAGCCACAGGCCAAGCCGAAAAAUAAUGCGAAACCUGCUGGCACCACUAUCGAGACAACUACAAAUGAGAGCCAGGCCUAAUCCCUCGGUAUCUGAAUGGUGUGGCACACCCCCUCUAUGUAGUGCAUGUUUAUUCUAGCUGUGCCACACACACACUUUACAACUUACUGUCUUGUCUGUCUGUCAACUUGAGAUUGUCCGUUUUAAUGUUGUUGCAGACAUUUGAAAUAAGAUCUAUGUACAUUAACAUCAAUUUUUUUUGUCUUGUUGAAAAAUCUUGUGGGGAGAUUUAUGAUAUGGAACUGCAUUGCUAUCAUGAAUCAGAGAUGUGAUAUUUUUGUCACUUUUAAAUUUUAAUAUAUUAUAUUGUUUGUAUUUGCGCGAUAUUUUGAUUAACAUUAAAUUAUGUUUACAGUUUUAAAAAAUCUUAGGAGAUUUAACGAGGAAUUAAAUUGAAAUCUCCAGGAAUGAGACAUUGUGCAAUGAAAUUAAUGAUUUGUAUAUACACUAAUAGAGAAAUGUGCAGAUUCCAAAGCCCCAACUGAUUUUUUUUUUAUAUAGCCUCUUUUUUUAUUUAUAUACUUUGCAUAUUUUUUUGUUAUUUAAAUUGACAAGUCUUAUUUGUAACCAGGUAAUUACUUGUAUUUUAUCUUGAAACCCUGAUAAACUUAUUUUCUUUUUCUUGCAUUAGUAUUGUAUUUUAAAAACUAUAAAUAAAAGUUCUUUUUACCCGU